UUAAGCAAAACUCUCUUUCUGCAUUAACAGAAUCUCUGGAAAUGUAAAACAAUACAACCUCUAGGCAGUAUUGACUGGCACAUACGUUCGAUAACAUGUAAGCAUCCAACACAUUCCAAACUCGGGCUGACCCGUACUACAAUAAACUACUUUAGAAGCCAAAAAGAAGGAUCCAAGACAGCAAAACAGAGGACAUUCUUAAGCAUCAGCAAUUGUAACUUCCACCUCAACACCUGGCUCAAUGGUGAUGGAGGUAAUCUGCUUCACCACCUCCGGGGAGCUGAACAGGUCGAUGAUGCGCUUGUGAACACGGAGCUCAAAUCUGUCAAAGGUGUUGGUUCCUUCACCACAAGGGGACUUCCUGGUGGUAAUAAGAAGGGUCUUGGUGGGCAUUCUUACGGGUCCCUUCACCCUCAGCCUCUUGUCCUUGGCACCGCGAACGAACAAUCGGACCUUUCUCGAGGUUCUUCACAUUCUUGGAGGACAGAGUGAUCCUGAUCUUGUGGGUUUGCUCUUGAGGCUCCUCAAUCCCAGCCUUCGCAGGCUUAAUUGCAGCAUAAGUCGCCAUUAUCGAUAUAGCCUUCGUUCGUUAGCUCGGCGAGCAGGAUGCAGCUAGGCUUUGAGUGGCGGCUUCUCUUUCUGCUAACGAUGGAAGACGGAGACGAAGAAUUGGAACCCUUAUACCUACGUUAGGGUUUUUCCGCCGAGUUUAUAAAUUAGUGGGCUUCUAUCGCUUAGGCCCGGUUUCUUUUUGGUAUCAAAGUAAUAAGACGUGUGGGCUAAAUAGCCCAGGAGCAGGUUUCGCUUCCUUCCUGUCUCUCUCUCUCCCUGGCGCUUGCUUUUAGAAAAGGAGAGGAGAGCAGCCUAAACCAAUUACGCCAUUCCUUAGAUUCUCUUUCUCUCCACAGUGAUUUCACUCCAAUCUCCAUUCUUACUUACUUUUCCUUUUCUCUCUCCCUCUGCAAAAACCCAACACACUGAAAUCAUUCCUGUCCCCCCGUGCAUGAAGAGCUGCUAGCUAGCAACUACUUUUUUUCUUCUGGGGUUUUGGCCCUCUCUGCAAUUUGUCCUUGCUUCUCCCUCUCCUCCUCUCUAAUUAGGGAACGAGUCCAAUCUUGGACCCGAUCUAUAAUGACCAAGGUUAGUCCACUUGGAGAGCAGAUGAUUGGAAUGGAGAUCUUCCUUCCAGUUUCAGCUGAUGUCAGCUUCCCUUUGGACCGGUUUCCCAAGUACAAGCUAGGACCUGAGAAUCAGGUAGUAGAAGAGCCAAAAGAGGAUGAAAAGGGACCAUUGUUGAAGUACAUUGUUGAGCAGGAGACAGCACAGCUCUCAGAACAGCAUAAACGCCUGUCGGUUCGUGACCUGGCCAGUAAAUUCGACAAGAACUUGGCUUCUGCUGCUAAGUUGGCCGAGGAGGCGAAACUUAGAGAAGUGGCUUCUCUGGAGGGGCAUGUGCUUUUGAAGAAGCUGAGAGAUGCAUUAGAAUCUUUGAGAGGACGUAUGGCAGGGCGAAACAAAGAGGAUGUGGAGUAGGCUAUCUCUAUGGUGGAAGCAUUGGCUGUGAAGCUGACUCAAAAAGAAGGUGAACUAAUUCAGGAGAAGUUCGAAGUGAAAAAGCUUGCAAACUUCCUUAGACAGGCUUCAGAAGAUGCUAAGAAGCUGGUCAGCCAAGAAAGAUCGUUUGCAUGUGCUGAAAUAGAAAGCGCCCGGGCUGUUGUUCAGAGGUUUGGGUAGGCCUUAGAGGAAGAAGAAAAGAAUGCUCAACUUCUAAAAACUUGUCUCCUAAUGUGGAGGUACUACUUGAGGAGGUUCAAGAGGCUAGAAGAAUCAAAUUGAUGCAUUACCCGAGCAAGGGGAUGGACAUGGAGCAUGAACUUGGUGCACUCAGAGCUCAAAUCCGCGAGAAAGCCAUCUUCUCUGUGAAACUUCAGAAAGAGCUGCCAAUCAGCAAACGAGUAGAGGAGAACAAAUUAGCAAUAUACAGAAUAGAAGGCUCUGAUACUCUCGGUUCGUGUUUGCGUCUCCAUCCUCGUAUUAAUGAUGCUCCACUACUUUCAAAAUGCUCAAUUCAGUGGUACCGCGUCUCAUCUGAAGGGAGUCACAACGAAGUCAUUUUAGGCGCUGAAAAGCCAAUAUAUGCUCCUGAACCACUUGAUGUUGGCCGGGUCCUUCAAGUCAAGGUGGUUUCAAACGGCCAGAAAGUUAGCAGCGUAACAACCGCUGGUCAUAUCGAGCCAGCUCCAGGACUUAUGAGCCAUGUAGAGACACUUCUGCGAAAAUCUAGUGCUGAAUUUAGUGUGACAAUUUCGCAGAUCAAUGGACAAGACAAUCCAUCACAUUCAGUCCAUUCGUUUAAUGUGGGGAAGAUGAGGAUAAAACUUUGUAGAGGAUGGAUCACAAAGGCGAGAGAAAUUUACUCAGCAUCCAUGCAGUUAUGUGGAGCUCAAGCGAUUUGUAGCAAUGCUGCCUCAAAGUCACUGUUCUGGCAACCCAGGAAGGGGCUCUCCUUCGUGCUGAAGUUCGAGACAGAGCAAGCGAGGAAUGCAGCCAUUACGAUUGCCAGAAAGUUCUCCAACGAUUGCAAUCAGGUUAUGCUUGCUGGACCAGAUGAUCAAGUAUAGAACUGGGGAAAAAGGGUCUCUGCUACUAACCAAGGCAUUGUAUUUUCUUUUUCCCUAAUUUGGGGAGCUUUUCUUCUUUUCACAGUAGGGAGUGGUGUGUGGAAGUGUUUAAAGAGAGUGUGGGGUUUUUUUUGCCUUGGUGGUGAAGAAAAAGAGAAUGCAGCUUUACCAUUUGUAAUUGCUUUAUUUUUCUUUUCAAGUUUUUCAAAUUUUGGGGUUAUGAAUCUGGUAUGACUUUAGGCAUGUGUGUUUUAUUAAUUUGCCUGACAUCAGUUUGUAAACAAAGUUUUAGAUCCGUUUCUCUGUAAUUUAAUUUGAUGACUCAGCUUGUCUGUGGCUUCCUUCCAAGAAAAAAGGAACGAUGGCUUAUUAAUGG